GCGAGCUUUUAUUGUUUAAACUUAUUAACGCCUUUUGAAUUUCAGUGAUUUGUAUAAUAACGAAUUUAUUAGUUAAUAAAAUAUGUACAAAUAAAAAUUUUAUUUUAAUAAUUUUAUAAGAUUCAAGUAUCUAUACUGCCACGUGUGCAUAUAUUUUGUACAUAUAUACACUUUAUAAGCUAAAGUUGUGUGUUCGCUUUCCACCACGUAAUCUAUGGAAACUUUACAAAAAAUGGAUUCAAACAUUUUAUUUGAUUUUCUUAGUUGGAAUGAUCUAGAUAGGGCAUUCAAAAUUCUAGAUACAUCUGACGAUAUAGAUGUUUUUUAUUACGAUGGAGUUUUGUUUGAACAUACUUUAUCAAGAGGUAAUGUAGAUUUGUUUAAAGCCUUAAUGACGUGUUUUGAAAAACAACAUCCGAAUAAAGAUCAGAUUUAUGAAGAUAAAAAGAAGAGGCUUCUGCAAAUUUUAGAUGAUUGUGCUAGUAACAUGGAACAUUCUUCAGAAAUGAAAAAAGUUUUGUCAGAUUACAUAGAUUUGGAUGACGGUUAUGAUAAUAUUGGUAAUAACGAUUAUUCCAAUAUUCAUGAGAAUGUUAAUUGCGUUGAUAUAGCUAUCACUACAGAUAAGUCUAAGAGCACUUCUUUGGAGUUGAAUUUAAAAAGUUGUUCCUCACAUGUCAACUCAAACAACGAGAAUGCGAAUGAAAAAAAAUUGCAAUGUGCGUAAACAGAAGAAAUCGUUUAGUUUCAGUUGCAUGAACAAUGAAUCUCGGAUAUGAAAUUAUUUUCGAUUUGUCUUUCAUCAUCAUCUUGUUCAUUUAAAUGAAAACACACAUUUUUUGUACAUGUUCUUCUUGCUUUAAAUUAUAAUCAACCUGCAAAGUCAUUUAAAAAACUGAUUUUUUUAAUAUUUUGUUAACUUAGUUUUUUGCUGAAAAGUGUUAAUUUGCUUA